AAUUAGUCAAUAAUAAACUCAUUGUGAGAAACAAUGGGAGGGGUAGUGUGAAUAAAACAGACAUGCCCCAGGUGGGUAGUGAAUAAUUCAAAUACCCAGCUCCCUUACUUGAACCCCCUCUGCCCUCACCUGCGGAGCUAUGACUACAACCACACACGAUAACCAUUCAGCAUUUCUCCUGUCUCUGCCAAACAUCUACAGCCAGUCACCCAUCUCCUGCUGUGUGUUCAGCAGAACCAUGGUGUCUGGUGCUAUAGCGUUGGCCUUCCUCCCCCUGGUGUUGACUUUCAUUAUUCGUUACCGCUACUACUUUGUGCUGUUCUACCGGGCGGUGCUGGUCAGGAUGUGGUAUGACUGUACGACGGGGCUGAGCAGGGAGGAGAGGGCGUUCCAGUACGUUCUGACCCACGCCAUCCCUGGCGACCCAGAAAGUAUCCUGGAAACCUUUGACCUCUGGUGCAGCAAGGUGGAGUUCAUCAGCAACAUCGGCCCCAAAAAAGGUAAGAUAAUGGACCGGAUGCUUUCCGAGCACUGCCCUCUGACCGUGCUGGAGCUAGGGUCCCACUGUGGGUACAGCACAGUGCGUAUCGCCCGGGCACUGCCCCUGGGUGCCAGGCUCUACAGUGUGGAAAUGGAUGCGAUCAACGCUGCCAUAGCAGAGAAGAUCAUACGGCUGGCGGGCUUCGACGAUGACACGGUGGAGCUGAUAGUGAGUCCGUCAGAUGAGGUAAUCCCAAGGUUGCGGGCAGACUACGGUCUGGAGCGGUUGGACUUUGUGUUCAUGGACCACUGGAAAAAAUGCUACCGUCCUGACUUGCAGGCUCUGGAGGGCUCUGGUCUGCUGGGAAAAGGCUCUGUAGUGCUGGCUGACAACGUCCUGUUUCCGGGUGCUCCUAACUUCCUCCGACACGUCCGCAAGAGUGGCCUCUACGAGUGGAAGAUCCACAGGGCCACUCUAGAGUACAGCAAGGGCAUCAGGGAUGGGAUGGCUGAACUGGUUUACCAGGGGAUCAAGUAGGGUGGGGGCAUAGUGACGGACACACUCAUCUGUUACCUAGACAUACAAGACUGAGUUUGGGGGCAACUUACUUUUGUUCUCGGAGCCUACUAGUCUUCUGCUGUUUUCCGCUUAGUGCCCCCUGCUGGUUGAAUAUCAUUCUGACAGUCUCUCACGUGUUUUACAGGUCUGUCUGUUGCAUUAAUAAAUC